AUGCUUGCCAGAACUUUUAACUUUGUGAUCAUUUUAAGCUUCGUAUUUUGUGCUGUAGCGCAAACAGGUUAUGAUCCUAAUGUACAAAAAGUCGUUGACUUUCUAAGUUCCGUAAAGACUGCCCUUGGUACUAUCCCUUCUGUACAAAACAUCUAUGACCAAAUCCCGUCUGUACAAAAAUCAAUGAAAUAUGUGCCUUCAAUUGUAAGGAAAGAGAAAAAGCCUGUCUCGCACACAACAAAUCUGCUUACCAGUUUAGCUAAAGAUCGGUUGGGAGAUGGCUAUGUUGCAAACUACAAAGAUCGCAUUUCAAGCAAACAUAUUGCUGGAAUUCCAAACUUGAUUCAAGGAGCUACCGACUAUUUUAGCCUUUGGGUAUCUGAUGUUAAUAAUGCUACAACUACAUUCUUUCGCGUAAACAAAGAACUAGGCUUAUUUGAAAUCCCUUUAUAUGGACAAUCAGAAACAAUUGGUGAAAUUUGCAUGCAACAAGGCUUAAUGUACUAUACAUGGAUCACUUAG